UUUUAAAGAAUUAUAAUGUACAAAUGGAAAAAGCACAAAAUUUGUACAAUGAAGGGUUUCUGCAGUACAUAAGGUGUUGUAAAAAAGAUGACCAGUAUUUUAUCAAAUCUUCAUGCAAAGCUGAGUUAAAAAAACAUAUGAAAUAUAUAUGUGACAUAAAAUUAUUUGGCGAUGGAGAGGUAGAUUUAAGCAUGUGUGACUGUCCUGUCGGUCAAUCUACUAAGGCCCAUUGUAAACAUAUUAUUGUGACUUUGAUUGCUCUUCUCAAAUGGCGAGUUGACAAGUUUGCUAUUUUAGAAGCCACUUGUACUGAAAAGUUGCAAACUUUUCAUAAACCUACCAAAAAAUAUACUGGCUCCCCAGUUAAAUCUAAUGUUUUUCAAAAAAGGAAGCUGCCACCAAAAAAGAAGAUUCUAAAUUCAAUUCUAAAUCUGCAAUUUACAGAUGAUUUUCAAGUUUCUUAUUCAGAUUAUUUUAAAAAUGUUAUAACGUCAUCAAGUUUCAAUAAUAACAUGACUAUCAAACAAAUCCUGCAACCAGCCAAUACAUAUGCUGUAGAGUGGGACCAUGGGUUUUAUUCUAAAGUGUCUAAUGAAUAUAAAGUUUUAAAGUCAUUAGGAUUAGUUGAUUUAUCUGUAGAAGAAGCCACGAAUAUAGAGUUUAAAACAAUUGACCAAAACAACAAUGACACUUGGAAGCAAGAGAGGUGUAUUAGACUGACUGCCAGUUUAUUUCAUUCCUGUUGUAUGAAAGUAAACAAUGAAGAGGGAGCAAGGUCACUUGUGAAAAAAAUUAUGAAUGGCUAUACGUUUACUAGCAAAGCCACAAAUCAUGGAAUAAUACAUGAAGAAUCAGCCAUCCAAAAAUUUCAAGAGCUCAAUCAUAAUGCUCUUAACAUCCAAAAAUGUGGUUUGUUUGUCCCUGUAGAAAAACCAUACAUUGGAGCUACCCCAGAUAGACUACUAGGUACAGAGACUAUCGUUGAAGUCAAGUGUCCAUAUUCGAUUAGAUACACUGGGAUACAUGAAAAAGCAGUACCAUACAUUCAGAAAGAUAAAAAUGGAUGUUUGCAACUAAAAGAAGAUCAUCCAUACUAUUAUCAGGUACAGGGUCAACUUUAUGCAACAAAAAGAAAUUUUUGUGAUUUUAUAAUUUAUACAUUUAUAGAUUUUAAGAGAAUUACAGUAUAUAGAAAUGAAAAAUUCAUUUCAGAAAUGCUUGCAAAGCUAGAUUUAUUUUAUGAAAAUUAUCUUAAGCCAGCUUUAUUAGACAAAUAUCUUUAUAAAAGUUAUUAUUCUAUGUUUGAAAAUUAAUACUUAUUCAGUAUUAUUAAUUUUUAAUUAUCAAGUAAGAUAAAGAAGUUUAUACUGCACACUAUAAAUACUAAGAAAAAGUUUUUAUAUUUCAUACCAAAUG